AUGGGCAACUGUUGCUCAGGUGGCACCAAUGAAUCUGACUUCAAGGGAGAAACCAACCAACUGAACGGAAAUGAAGGUGGAGGUGCAACCACCACACCACCUUCUAAGCCUAACCAUCCUCCUCCCAAGCACUCCAAACCGGCUCCUAUUGGUCCUGUGCUUGGAAGGCCAAUGGAGGAUGUGAGACAAACUUACAGCAUGGGGAAAGAGCUUGGGAGAGGGCAGUUUGGUGUCACACAUUUGUGCACACACAAGAGCACAGGUAAGCAAUAUGCAUGCAAAACCAUUGCCAAGAGAAAGCUGGUAAACAAGGAGGACAUAGAGGAUGUGAAGAGGGAGGUGCAAAUCAUGCACCAUCUCUCAGGGCAGCCUAACAUUGUGGAGCUCGUCAAUGUGUUUGAGGACAAGCAUUCUGUUCAUCUGGUGAUGGAGUUGUGUGCUGGGGGUGAGCUCUUUGAUCGCAUCAUUGCCAAGGGACAUUACACUGAACGUGCUGCAGCUUCCUUGAUGAGAACCAUAGUGCAGAUUGUUCACACAUGCCAUUCCAUGGGGGUCAUUCAUAGAGAUCUUAAGCCUGAGAAUUUCCUUCUGUUGAGCAAGGAUGAAAAUGCACCUCUCAAGGCCACCGAUUUCGGUCUCUCAGUUUUUUACAAACAAGGAGAGGUGUUUAAGAUCAUUGUUGGAAGUGCGUAUUACAUUGCACCUGAGGUCUUGAAAAGGAAAUAUGGUCCAGAAGUUGACAUUUGGAGUAUUGGUGUCAUGUUAUACAUUCUUCUAUCCGGUGUUCCUCCAUUUUGGGCAGAAUCCGAAAAUGGAAUAUUCAAUGCUAUCCUACGAGGCCAUAUUGACUUUACAAGCGAUCCAUGGCCAUCCAUUUCGCCUGCAGCAAAAGAUCUUGUAAGGAAAAUGUUGAAUUCGGACCCCAGACAGAGGCUGACAGCAUACGAGGUUCUGAAUCAUCCAUGGAUCAAGGAGGAUGGAGAAGCACCAGAUACACCUCUUGACAACGCAGUACUGAAUAAGCUCAAACAGUUCAGGGCAAUGAACGAAUUCAAGAAAGUUGCUCUAAGGGUCAUCGCGGGCUGCCUAUCAGAAGAAGAAAUCAUGGGAUUGAAGCAGAUGUUCAGGGGGAUGGACACUGACAACAGUGGCACCAUUACAAUUGAAGAGCUCAAACAAGGGCUUGCAAAACAAGGGACCAAGCUAACAGAACAAGAAGUUGAGCAAUUAAUGGAAGCCGCAGAUGCUGAUGGCAAUGGAACCAUAGAUUACGAUGAAUUCAUCACAGCAACAAUGCACAUGAACCGAAUGAACAAAGAAGAUCAUCUUUAUACUGCCUUCCAAUACUUUGAUAAAGAUAACAGCGGGUACAUUACAAUUGAAGAACUAGAACAGGCUCUCCAUGAAUUUAACAUGCACGAUGGCAGGGACAUCAAGGAGAUAAUUUCAGAAAUUGAUGCAGAUAAUGAUGGCCGGAUUAACUAUGAUGAGUUUGCUGCAAUGAUGAACAAAGGAAACAUAGAAGUUAAUACCAAGAAGAGGCGUGAUUCGACCUUAUAUUAG